UUUUAAUUUGAGGAAAUAAGAUGUCUUAAUAAGCUCAAAAGGGUGGAAAAGCAGCAUAACCUAAAACAGAGGCUAAAUAAUAGCCAGCAGCAUAAGCAAAAGUUGCUAAACCAUAAGAAACUAAAGAGAAUGUGAUGAGAAAAAUUAGAAUUGAAAAAUUGAUGGUUCAUAUUUGUGCUGGUGAAUCAGGCGAUAAAUUGACUAAGGCUGCUAAAGUCUUGGAAGAUCUUACAGGAUAAAAGCCUGUUUUUGGCAAAGCAAGAUAUACCGUGAGAUCAUUUGGUAUCAGAAGAAAUGAGAAGAUCUCCGUCUUUUGCACCAUCAGAGGCGAUUAAGCAAGAGAUAUCCUUGUAAGAGGUUUGAGAGUUAAGGAAAUGGAAUUGAAGAAGAGAAACUUCUCUGAUUCAGGAAACUUCGGAUUUGGUAUUCAAGAACACAUCGAUUUGGGAUUGAAAUAUGAUCCAUACACAGGUAUCUUCGGUAUGGACUUCUAUGUAGUCUUGUCUAGACCAGGACUCAGAGUUGCUCAAAGAAAGUCAAGAAACUCAAAAUUGGGCACAUAACAAAGAGUAACUAAAAAAGAAGCAGUUGAAUGGUUCAAACAAACCUUCGAAGGAAAUGUCUAUUGAUACAAUACAAUAUUACAUUAAAUACAUAUAAAAACAUUUUAUAUGGCCAUCUA